CAAUGUCACAAUUAGCAUACGGCUGGGGCAUAAGCGCGGUCUGUCAUAGUUUGCGAUGCCAGGAUGGCGCUGGAAUGGCUCGCGCGUUCGCCGAAGGGUUCGCGCCCUGCGCCUUUCAUUGCGCAGCCAUAUUAUUCAUGAUUAUAUCUACACAAAAGCGGCUUGAUAGAGGGAGAGGCCCGUGCGCUGCCUGAUGCGACCCUUCGUCUGCCCAGGCAACCCCACGCGUGGGUGGCUCGCCGCUCUGCCGCGUCUGGGGCCGGGCUGUCGAUGGUAAUUUACUUUCAACUUGCAGCUCUUCAAGCCCCGGUAGCGCAAAGAAAGUACCGCUAGGUCAUGUCAAGGCGUAUGAAUGCCGUCCGAACCGUCAUGUCCCUGUGCUCGGGAGCUUGCAAAAGGCACAAUGCUGCUUACAUCUGUUUGGGACCCGUGCUGCCGGCGGCAGGGGCUGCCCGGGUGGCCCUUGAGGAGACCAACCGGCCGCGCGCGACGGGUCAAAUCUUUCGCCGAAUGAGGAGCCGUGCGACGUACGCGCUCCGCAUGGGGCUUCACAGAACUAGUAUUUCAGCUUGGUGUGUCAAGUUAUACUCAUGCAUGUUCAUCACCGUGCGCAACAAGCCUGGGACGCAAUACAACCGAAACCAGCCCGCUGUUAGUUGACCCUUUGACAACGUCUUGCGAAGCGCAUCCUGCUUGCUCUCCUAUGUAUUCGGCGUCACAACAACAAGUGAAAUAGCACACUUUUACUCAUCGUAAUCGCGCCAAGGCGUGCGUGCUCCAGGCUACCGCCUACAUGGCUGUUGCCUGCGCGGUUGCCGUCCGGCCCCUGGUCCAAGUGGCCGUUGCCUCUGCCGUUUCCACCGCCGCCCCUGCCUCCUCGAAGCCUGCCGUCAAGCUCGCCGCCUCCGCCGUGUCCGCCGUCGCGCUCACCACCGUCUCUGUAUCCGCCGGCCUGUUGGCAACCACCGCUGUUGAAGAUCCACGUUUUCAUGCCGCGGACUGCCAGAGCCGUUCUGCUGAUGCGAGUGCGAGCUGUGAGGACCUUCAGCCCUCCACAUCCACAUGCACAUCAGCAGUAGCUGACGCCAACAGGCCCACCCGCCGUGUCAGGCGCAGCGGCUCCAAGGCCCAACGCCGAGGAUCCACCACGCUGACAGCUUCCGUUCCAUCCAUGGCGGCGGCCGUCGUGCUCCCACCCAAGAUCGCCCUGCGGCGGCGCCAUCGGCUGCGCCUUCGGGCGGGACACAGCGCCACUGCUGCUGCCACUGACAAGACCCCUCGGGAGCAGCCGGAUAAGCCCGCUGCAUUGCCGGAGGAUCUGCUCCCGGCCGACGCCACCUCCACCUCCAGCACGGGCAAAAUCUCCUCCGCCGCCGUGUGCUGCGGCCUGCUGGCGCACUGCAGCGCUGCCCAGCUGCACGCCAUCCUGUGCGGGCUAGUGCAAGCCGUGGCAUCCAGCAGCGUCAAGGGCAACAAUCGGAAGCUGCUGCUGGGCUCCAAGCUGCGCAAGCUGCUGGAGGGCGUGGGCGUGGCGCCGGCCAACGGCAAAGCCUACACCGCCGCCGACGUGGCGGCACUCUCCGGCCCCAAGCUGGAGCGGCUGCGGGCCACGCUGAAGUCGCAGCCGGGACUGCUGCUGUGGUUCCUGCUGUUUACAUCGCCCGCUGAGCUGCAGGCGCUGCAGGCGGCGCUGCUGCCGGGCGGCGCGGGCGACAGGAGCUUCGAGGAGUGGCGCGCCGCGAUCGACGCUGUGGCCGGCAGCGGCCACGAGCAGCUGGCGGCGGCGCAGGAAGUGAGGGGCCGCCAGUCGGCGUGCGUUGAGGGCAGUACGGCCGGCAACACCGCCACCACCGCCACCAUCACCACCACCAACAACAACCCCGCCAGUCAUGGUGGCGUCUACACGGCGCUCACGGGCACCGAGGUUACCGGCAAGGCGGCGGCCAACAAGGAUCUGUCCCGCACCCGCACCACCAGCCACAGGAACCGGUGCGUGUCCGAGAGUGGCAGCACGCGCAACAAGAGCAGGAGUAGCAGCAGCAGGAGCAGCAGUACUCACAGCGUGGAGUACGCGGAGCCGAAGGCGGGCUGCUCCCAGCCCGCCGCCACCGUCCCGGGCUGCGUGCCUGAGAUCAUCAGCGCAGCUAUACCGCCGCUGGCUCCGCUAGCUCUGCACAUCCGGCGCGCCAUAGUGAAGGAGCUGCUGGAGGCCAGGCCGCCGGGCUGGAACACCUUUCUGUACUCCUGGCUGCAGGCGGCGGGGCUGUCCGAGUUCCUGCCGGCCAAUGGCACCUGCCGCAUGUACAUGGCAGACAGGAAGCAGCUCGUGCUCCGCGUGGGCGCGAUGCGCGAGGAGCAGGUGGACGCGUUCCUGACGUGCAUGUGCAAGGCGCACGGGCACAGCACGUGGCUCGCGCGCUACCUGCACAUGCUGGGGCCGGAGGUUUCGCAGCUGCUGUCCCAGGGUCGGUACAGCGACGAACUGCUGGCCGCGCUGCGGGCCGCCGGGCAGAAAACGCUGGCCGAUGCAGUCAUGGAGCACUUCUGGGGGCGGGACCCGGAUCCGGAGGACAGUGAGGCCGGCGAGAUGGAUGUCAAGCCGUGGGCGGAGCGCCUGGGACUGCUGAGGUUUGACAUGCUCGCGGAGCAGCUGAGGCUGCCGCCCAACGCCGACGGCUCCGUGAAGAACUUCAGCAACGGGCUGGUCUUCAAGGUCGACCCGCUAGAGGUGUGGAGCAAGUACACUGACGGAGAGCCGUCAGCAGGCGCGCUGAGUGGCAUGCGUGCCACCGACAAGGAGGCCCGCGACAAGCAGGUCAAGCAGCUUCGCGGCGUCCCGUUGCUGUACCUGUGGCGGAUAGGCGGCCGGGUGGUGUACGUGGGCAUGUCUGGGGGCUGGGUGAAGGGCAGUCGGAUAGCACGCUAUUUGGCAGAGGGCCCGGGAUUCAGCGAGUCGUCGAAGAUGCUGCCGUGGCUGACAGCCAUUGAUGAGGGCAAGGAGAUCGAGCUCCGGGUCAUCACGCUGGAGGGAUUGAAGGCAUUGGAGGGUAUGUCGGAGGGCAUGUCCGAGGAGGAGGUGCAGAAAAAGGUGCAGAAGAAGGUGAAGGAGCUCGAGAAGCACUUCCUGUGCCAUGUGGACUGCCCGUGCAACAAAGUUAACAACGGGUCUUACCGGGUUGAGACGCCCCGCCAGGGCCUCCUGGACAAACUCAAGGAGAAGUACAAGAUAAAACUCAUCACGUAGAUUAGGUGCGUGUGUGCAUUUGCGGGCUGAACGCGGUUGGAACGAUGUGCGGGGUAGUGCAUGAUUGCUGUGGACAGUUGCAUCUUACGUUUCUUUUAUUUCUUUGUACAACUGUGGGCCUACCUCUUACCGAGAUUGAGCGAAACGGGAUGCAUAGGAUGUGCGUGGCAAGCUGAUGGCGGGUGGCGGGUGUGCAACCAGUAUGUGCGGGCAAGGAGAGCGUGCUGCCCUUCACAUGGAUGUUCUCCUGGUGCCAAGUUGUGUAUCGUCUAUUGUGGGCCAUUGCCGUGUGGAGGCGCUUAUCCCUAGUUAAAUGUUGUCUACCUGCUCAGCUCCCACAUUGGGUUAGGACUGAUAUGCACCAGCAGCACUCAUUGAUCGAACAGCAUGUAGAUUCAUGCCCAAUAGGUUGCCGGCGUAAUUGAUUGCAGGCUGGCAUGCGUGUGUUGUACCGGUAACUUGUAAGGCACAGACAGGCUGCAUGCAUAGCGGGCAGGUUUAGCAUGGCACGAAGACGCAUCCCGUUUGGUGUAGCCUUUGCUCACUGUGUUGAGGGGUUAGUGCGUCUGGUCGAAGCGUGCCGAUCCCGAUUGAGGAUGAGGCAAGCGCAGGCUUGGGCAGACGUACCGUAUCCGCCUUUAGAGAGAGUCUAAUGAAGGCGUGGAAGCAUGAGCGGCUGCAGUCUGAGCCAAGCACUUUCCCAUCAGACAACAAGCAACCAGGCGUGCAGAUGAGCAAGUACAAGCAUUGGAUGGGGCUGUGUGCGGAAGGCGCGGCACCACUGACCAUGCAAGGGCACAGUAGAGCAUUUUAUACCAGUUGCGCACCACAAGGCCUUGAUGAGGUUCCGCCUAUGCUGCUGGCCGCUUUCUGCCAACCGCGCCUAUGGACGACCUAGGGAGGAGAGGAUUUGCCCGUUAUGUGUUGCAAAUGAAGUCGAAGAUGAGGAUCAUGUGCUCAUGCGGUGUACGGCCUACGACCAGUUGCGUUCGGGUAGCGAGAUUGAUUGUACAGGCGGGAUGCAGGCCGUUAUGCAGAAUACGGACCCAGCCAGGUUAGCCGCAUUACUAGAUUCCGUUUGGGAGCACAGGAGCAGAAGCACCCCCAUUCGGGGGCCAAACCCUACCGCUACGCAGUACCCCGGCUUGCCCCCUCGGCCCAUCCCCUCUGUCCCAUUGCGCACCAUUGCAAGGCCAAGUAUGAAGGGAACUUAGCCCCUGAGCCGAGCUAUCGGCUAUGGGUUCAUUCCCAACGUCCAGUUCAGCGCGCAGUUGUGCGAACGGGGUGGGAUGGGGGUGCGGGGGGAGGGAUGCCCGGACUGUGCGGGGAGGCGCCGGUAGGCGCCGGUGAACACAAGCGCGUUGGUGAGCCAAAGGCGAGAGAGCGCGGGCGGGGGGGUGGGGUGGGGGGCCCCGAGAUGUUGCACAUGAUUUUGCACCACGAUAGUAUGCACCGUACCAAAAACUGUGUUGCAGGCGUUAUAAGGGCCCCCCGGCCCGGCCCGGGCCUCGGUUUCUACAAGGACAGGAACGCACAUCGUGCUCAUCACCUUGUAACCACACACAACAGGAAGCGUGGUGCGCAUGGGCGAAGGUCGCCAGCCAGUCUAGGGCCGGGCAGGGCGAGCGCAUGCUCAGUAGUAAGCGUAAGAACACAUUGGUUGUGUGGCCUUAACUAAAUGUACUACCCUGCACUACUUGCAAGCGGCAUUGCAUAGCCUGUGUCAAUAGGUUAUAGGUAGGCCCGUGGGCAGAGCUUGGGUUUGCUGGUGGGGGUGUGGCCGUGUGGAGCUGUGUUCUUGUAACCAAUAACAAUCUUGUAACCAACAACAACAGUGUUCUUGUAGAGAGCCAGCCGUGUAGGGCCGUGAUAGGUUGUCACUGGUGGUCGACAUUGCAAUGCCAUUUGCAAUCCAUGGAUAUGGCAAAUCGACUGUCACUGUAUGUGGCAAUGCGCGAUAAGUGCAGCGUAAGACUGCAAACAAGCUGCCUUAGAUUGCGAGCAGCCUGAAUCCUAACCAAAUGUGGACCCGCAAUUGUACAAAACUAGAUUCUGGGAGUCUGGGACUCAGUGGCCACACGGGGAUUUGGUGCGCCCUAGGACUGUGCUGGUUCAUGCAACAUGAGGCCCCUGAGCAACCUUACGCCAUAACCCUCACGGCGCAUGUCACUGUGCAGGACAGUUCAGGGUUGGUGUGCCGCAGAUUGCAGUGUGUGAAACAGCAGUGCAGGCCUAGUGCGCGGCGGCGCCACUUCUGCUGCAUUACCACACUGUGAUGCCAUAAAAAGCAGACAUAUGGCAAAUCGACUGUCACUGUAUGUGGCAAUGCGCGAUAAGUGCAGCGUAAGACUGCAAACAAGCUGCCUUAGAUUGCGAGCAGCCUGAAUCCUAACCAAAUGUGGACCCGCAAUUGUACAAAACUAGAUUCUGGGAGUCUGGGACUCAGUGGCCACACGGGGAUUUGGUGCGCCCUAGGACUGUGCUGGUUCAUGCAACAUGAGGCCCAUGAGCAACCUUACGCCAUAACCCUCACGGCGCAUGUCACUGUGCAGGACAGUUCAGGGUUGGUGUGCCGCAGAUUGCAGUGUGUGAAACAGCAGUGCAGGCCUAGUGCGCGGCGGCGCCACUUCUGCUGCAUUACCACACUGUGAUGCCAUAAAAAGCAGACUGAAAUACUGCGACACAAAGGCUACAGGAAAGGCGGGUUUGUGAAUGGAGUUGGCAGUGUCUGGCAGGCAGUGCCAGCGCACAUGACAGGGGACCGCAGGCCCACGUUGCACCAGCAACGGCAAUAGCGUCGCAUUGUGGCCUUGAGAUGUAGGCGGCGGCGACAGGCGGCGACGAUUGCGCAUGGCAGUGAUGGCCCCGGCAGCUUCUCCGAUUCACG